GGUAAUGGUUACAUAUCGCGGCCUACACUGAAAGCAUUGUUGAAAGAAAUUGCGGAUGAUUUGAGUGAUGAACAGCUGGAAGCAGCUGUAGACGAAAUCGACGAAGACGGUUCCGGAAAGAUCGAAUUUGAAGAAUUCUGGGAGCUGAUGGCAGGUGAAGCUGAUUGA